AGGAUUGAUCGAUUCACCGAGCAGCUGUUCUCUUUUUUUUUGUGAAGAGCCGGAUGAUCACCAGGUCUCUUGAAAUCUCGUGAUAUUUCGCUUCCGAUUGAAAGUUUCGCAGUUUGUCGCCUCGAAAAAUGAAAAUAUGUGACUCUAAAGCUAUUUUUUAAAGUUUUUGUUACCGUAACAUUAACAGUUAUUAUCGAUUUCUGGUUUAACGUUGUCGUGAAAUUGUGCACAUUGGCCACACACUGUGAAGGUGCUAAGAAAAAUGACCACUAGGUAACCCAAGAGCAAUGUAAACAAUUCUCGUUGUCUGUACUGACUCACUUCUUUGAGAAAUCGUUUCUUUUCUUCACUUUUGUAUUUUUUUAAUCGAACCUUUCCGCAACCAAAUCUUAAAUCUUGAGAUUUAUUAAAGUUGACUCAAAAAUUGAAAAUGCGAGCACCUGUGACAUUUCUAAUCUUGUGCUCACUGGCUCUUCUCUGUUCAUCAGCUAACAACUGUGCCUGGUUUGUCGGUCAAUUACAAUGUACGGACACUUCGAAAUUGGAAAAUGUGGUUGUAGAAAUUUGGGACAAGGAUCGAUCUUUUUUUCCAAUUACUUUAUUCGUUGAUGAUGAUUUGGCUGGAAGAACUAUUACUUCUGCAGAUGACAAUGGAACAUUCAAAGUGGAAGGAUGUGCUUCUGACCUCGAUUUUCUUUUUAUCAAAAAUGAACCAGAAUUUUAUUUGAAAAUUCGACACUACUGCAAAGGAAAGGCAGAAGUGACGCUUGUACACCCGAAAAAUCCGAAGGUGUUCGUUCCACAAACUAACGAUUAUUUCACAAAACAUCCUAUUAUUUUGGGAUAGAUGUUUAAGAGUUCAAUAAAUGUAUUUUAUAUUUG